UUACACUCUUGCUCUCGAAACUCAGAAUACAAGGACAUAUAUUUUUGCACGUGGUAUUCGGAGUUAACCUUCCUAUUUUGUUCUCAUAGACACAAAGUUUUUAGUUUGGAUAGUGUCAAUCGAAAAUGUUUAUGUUGAUCAAAAAAACCAGAGUCGUCAUUAAUUCAAAAUAAUCUUCAAUUCAAUCACGAUGUAAUUUAGAUUAUAUUUGUUUUAUAUAGAAUAAAAACUAAAUUCAACCGGAGCUUUUAGCUCUAGUGGUAAAGGACUUACAGCUCUGAGUACCGCCACCUGGGUUCGAAUCAUGGCUACUGGGGAAUUAAUAUUUCGGUAUCGCCAGAGACAAAGGACCGACACGUGGCAACAUGUGACUAGUCUGGAUCACUUCUAUGGAGCCAGGAUACUUCUGUAUAAUUCAAAAAAAAAAAAAAACUAAAUUCAACCAAAAUAAUAAAAACUAGUAUGUAUUGAAAUAUGGGAAAUUUCACCGAGUAAUCAUUAAAAAAAAACAAAAUUCACUAACUAACUAAAAACACCCCCUCUCUCCUACUUUAUCUUCCUAUCUCUCUCUAUUCUCUCUCUAAAAAUUUAAUUUUUUUUUUUGGUUAUUUAGCAAAUAAGCCCUUGAAAUAAAGCUGACAACCAAAAUUAUUUUAGCGACAAAAAAAGACUAAACCUAAAAAUCAUUCCUUUUUGAAUCUUUAAAACUAUUAUUUUGCAACUUGCAAGUUCAACUAAUAAGCUUGUAGUCACUGUUCUCUACUUUCUGUUUAAGUUUCAGUAGAAAACAAACCAUCACAGUCAUUAACCAUAUAGCUUUGAAUGAUGUAGCUUAUUAUUCUUGUGAUCUCAGUUAAAGUUAAAACAUAUAAAAAUAUUAACCAAAGUUGCAUAACUUCUAACUUUUCUCUUGACAAAAUUAUAAACAAUAUUGUCCGGAAAAUAUUAUAAAUUAAAAACCUGUUCGGCCAUUUGCAACUUGCAACUUGCAACUUCCAUGUAAAGUGACAAUAAAAUUUUUUUUUUUAAAAGAGUGAUGGCCAGAGAGACUCGAGGACUAGUGAAAACACGGCAAAACAUUUGAAUAUAAUAAAAUGGAAAUAUACGCGAUUUCAACCAUAUUGUCAACAUGGUAUACCCACAACUGUCUAUCUCCACCUUGCAGAUAACAUCAUAAAAAAUAAUAAUCUAUAACUAUAUCUUCCUCGAACAUUCUUUUCUAUAUAUACACACACUUAUGUCUUCCUGGAUCCUGUCCUAACACACACUUAACCCUCUCCUUCUCUUCGAUCUUAUCUUCACAUAAUGGGAAACUACGCUUCUUGCGCUCUAGGCAACACAACCUCUUCUUUUUCUUCUUCUUCUUCCUCUUCAAAAGUGAUUCUCCCUGACGGUGAAGUGCGUCACAUUCACGCGCCGACUAAAGCGGCUGAGCUUAUGAUGGAGAUCCCGAGCUUUUUUCUCGUCGACGCCAAAACAUUAAAGAUCGGUCGGAAACUUAAACCGUUAGCCGCCGACGACGAUCUCGAAACUAGAGGCUGUCACGUGUACGUCGCUUUUCCUAUGACGCGUGCCACGUCAGCAGCAAACGCUUCGGACAUGGCUCGGUUGUUUUUAGCCGCCAAGAAACAACAGCGCAGACGAGUCAGAACAGCCGUGAAACACUGUCACAACGGAAGGAUUUCGCCGGAGGGAGAGGAUGACGUCAAGAUGAUGUCGGCGGGAUCUAAGCUGAUGAGUUUAGUAGACAUUGAUGAGUUUUCUGCGGCGGAGUUUAUGCAUAGAAUCUCGAAUUCGAAAUCUAAGAAACCGAAGCUGGAAACCAUAGCUGAAGAAGAAUCUGUCUUAAGCGGACUUGAAAUCAAACAAUUAUUGGAACUUGAUUUUUUCAACGCUUUUUUUAAUUUUAGGUAUUGUUCUCGUUUGUAAUGUUAUUGAGAAUGAGCAUGUAAUGAUAAAGUUCUUUAAUUUUAUGUAACUGUAAAUUAGUAAUCUUAAGCUCUUAACCAUAAUUUUUA